CACGUGGUGCACAAGAAUAAACACUCUCAUUUGAGUAGCGUUGUGACAGGGUGACUGUACAUUUUCGUGGUUUUUCUCUCUAAAUGGCAGAGAGAAUGGGAGGAAAAGAAUCUGACGAUAUAGUUUGCCAAGGAAAAAAGCUUUGGACUGCUCUACGAAAAAAUCCUACCGAUAAAGAACGAGUUCUGGAGCUUCUUAGGAACAGGGCUCCUCCGAACUUCCGAGAUCCCUGUAACCCGAAGUUUAACUGGACACCCCUUCAUUUUGUUGUGAAUGACAGACUGGGUGAUUUGGAGCUCAUCAACAUGCUGUUAGAACACGGAGCAGAAACUAACUUGGGUGAUUCUUAUGAUUUCACGCCCCUACACUUGGCAGCUGAGAAGGGAUACUUGAAGACUGUGGAGAGACUGUUAACCAAUCAGCGCAGCCCAGCUGACCGUACCAAGCAAAACUUUGGGAAGGAAACAGCACUCGAUAUUGUUGAGAGAAAGUUGAAAGAACCACGACCUGAAGUCGCUGACAAAACGCUUUUGGAAAGUGAAAAAGCGAAGAGAAAAGACCUUCAUAGCGUUGCAAGUUAUUUGCGAAAUGACCAAAUUGCUGAUUUUCAUAUUGAUGGCCCAGCUAACGUAACGAUACUCGUACAACCAGAUUCCAAUGUGAAUGUGGACAUCGAUAAAGCCGACACUGUUGUUAUGGGAGAUAAAAAUACAAUUACCAAACACUGACAAGAACUAAGUCGGUACACUCACAGUAAACACAGUAGUUUCAACCAGCGGCCCUUUGUGAACUAUAUCUGAAUGUCUGUUUCAAAUAAGGAAUUCAUUUUGCCAGUGCUUCACAGGAGAAACACUUUGAGGAAAGAACCACGCCUUACUCUGAAGAGGAACUUAACAUGAAAUUAUACAAAAUCAAUGUUCCGGUGACUUCAGAGGACGUUUAAGUUUUGGAAACGCAGCGAAUUAGUCAAUUGGAAAUAGUUUGGAUGUCAACUUUCGAGCAUUCGCUGCGAAAGUUAGCAUUUGGUUUUGUUGUAGGAAAAAAUGGUGAAUGUCAAGUAACUUGCACCGAGUGCUGCAGGCUGUGAAGAUAUGAUAGAUGUUAGCUGUGAUGUCUCCAGAAUGGUAAAUCAUAUGGAAACCGAGUCUCGGUGUGGCUGGCUUUAAAAAGGUUUUUUUUUUUCUCAUUGGUUUUUGAUGUGGCUUUCAUAUUAUAUACGAGAGUGUUAUUGUUAAAGAGUCAAUAAAUUUUAUUUAUCGUUUGGUACA